AUGCCUGAAAAAAAUAUGACAAGUGAGUAUAUUGACAAUUCAACCGACGAUUUAGUUAUCAUCUGGUUAGAUCGUAAUAUUGAAAAAAAUAGAGCUAAUCAACAUACAAAAGAACUUUUAAGACGACUUGUUAGAGGUCAUUUACUAACAUUUGAUGAUCCAGAUAAAUGUAUUGAUGAUAUAACAGAUGAACCGACAACAAGACGAGUAUUUCUUAUUGUUUCUAAUUUUUUUGGUCAAAAUAUUAUACCACUUGUACAUGUAUUACCAUGUAUACAAGGGAUAUACAUAUAUUGUGGUGAUAAAAAAAACGCUGAAGCAUGGACUCAACCAUAUUCAAAAAUCUCUGGUAUAUUUACAAGAAGUCCAGCACUAUUAGAUAAAAUUGGUAAUGAUGUUAGUAUAUGUGAUAAAAAUGAAGAUUUACCAAUGAGUAUAUUUCAUAUUACGGAACGAGAAAAUUCAUUACAACAAUUAACUAAAGAAAGUGCUACAUUUAUGUGGUAUCGGUCAAUAUUGACAGUUCUUCGAUUAAUGGCAAAAUACGGCAAUUCAAAAAGUGAAAUGCUUGAUGAGUGUCGAGCAAGUUAUCAUGAUAAUGAAGUCGAAAAAAAUAAAAUAAAUGAGUUUGAACAAAAUUAUUGUGCAAAACAAGCGAUUUCGUGGUAUACACAAGAUAGUUUUGUAUAUCGAUUAUUGAAUAAGGCUUUGCGUACACAAAAUAUUGAUAUCAUAUUUAAAUUUCGAUUAUUCAUCAAUGAUCUUCAUAAUCAGAUCGAACAACUUUACCAUGAAUAUUUAAAAAAUCAUUCUUCCACUAUUGAUGAUCAUCAUUUAAGAGUUUACCGUGGUCAAUUAUUAAGUAUAACAGAACUUGAUCUACUUAAACGUAGUGAAAAGGAACUUAUUUCAAUGAAUAGUUUUUUAAGCACUACAUUGAAUCAACAAUUAGCUAAAUUUUUUCUUGGUGCAAAUGAUCAAUUGCAUGAACCAUCACCAUUACAAUCUGUCCUUUUCAUAAUAGAUAUUUAUAAUAUGAAUAAAGAAAUGACACCAUUUGCAAUUUUUGAAAAGUCUUCGUGUUCUAACGAUACUGGAGAACAAGAAGUACUUUUUUCGAUAGGUGCUAUUUUUAAGAUUCAAUCAGUUCAACAACAAGGCAGCAUCUGGCAUGUCCAUUUACAACUAAGUAAAGAACAAAACGAACUUAGUCAAAGCCUUUCGAAUCACAUGAUGAAACAAAUUGGGUCAGAACCAGAUCCAUUGUCAUUCGGUUGGUUUCUUUUUCGAAUGAGUGAAUAUGACAAAGCUCAACGUUAUGUGGAAUAUAUACUUAAACAACUUCCACCAGAUGAUAAAGGAAUUGGAAAUGCUUACAACUUACUUGGUCUUAUCAAUAAUGACACUCAUCAUCAUGAGCAAUCUGUUGAAUUUUAUGAGAAAGCUCUUAAUAUUUAUUCUCAAUUGAACUGCCACGAUAGUCUUCAAGUUAUUGUUACUCAUUAUAAUCUUGGUUUGGCUUAUGUAGAUUUAGGAGAAACUCGAAAUGCAGAAGAACAACAGAUGAAAGCUGAAGAGAAGUUGUUAAAUUCCGUACACUCAAAGAAUUCCUUACUCAUAACUGCAAUAAAGGGUCUUAAGUCAAAAAUUCAAGCAGAAUACGGUGAUGAUGAAAAUGCUUUGAAAAAUCUUCAAUUGAUUUUAAAGGAUAAAAUGCAGCGUUUACCAUCAAAUCAUUCUUCGAUAGCAUCAACGUUGAAUGCAUUAGGUAUAAUAUUCGAAAAAAUGAAGAAGAAUAUAGAAGCGCUUGAACAUUUUACAAAAGCAUUGGAAAUCGGUCAGAAAGGUUUAACAAGCAAUCACAAGGAUUUAGGUGAAUAUCAUACAAAUAUUGCUCGUAUUUAUGACAAACAGAAACAAUUUAAAUCUGCUUUGCAACAGUAUGAAUUAGCACUAGAAAUUAUGGAGAAUUACCGAGAAGAAGAAUGUGAAAAGAUUAACAUAUUAAAUACAAAUAUUAUCGAAAUGAGAAAAAAAAUACGUUAG